AUGGCAUUCCUCGAGCUCGUAGUGUUGGAGCAUUAUCCUCUGGGUACACUACCCAGGCCUACUAUACGAGCUACUGGAGGUGGUGCUGUGAAGUUCGCGUCUGUGAUACGUGAACGGUUAGAUGCUGAUAUCGUUAAGGUUGAUGAAAUGGACAGUCUAGUGAGCGGCUUGUCGCUACUUCUCAAUACUGAUGGUUCCUUAUUCCAAUAUAACAUUAAACAUAAACGACGUCAAGUGAUAGAUACUAGUGCUAUGGAGGGUGUCGAAGGCAGAGGCUUCUUCCCUUUCCUCCUAUGUAACAUAGGAUCGGGUGUAUCUAUAUUAAAAGUUGAGGGCCCUGGUAAGUACCAGCGUGUGUCGGGGACAUCAGUAGGCGGAGGAACGGUACUCGGUCUCGGCUCUCUUAUGUUCAAUGCCCAGAGUUUUGAAGAGAUCAUCGAGUUGAGCCGGUGGGGAGAUGCCCGUCGGUCAGAUCUCUCAGUUGGUGAUCUUAUGGGUACCCAACCUGGAUCUGAGCACGGCAUGUGGUCAGAUGAUACAUUGGCUAGCUCUAUGGGCAAACUCUUUGUAACAGACCGUCCGAGGACCACAGCAAAAGAAGGAAACGAGCUGCCAGGGAACUUGUGUGCUGGGUUCACAGCUAGUGAGGUUGGGCGUCCCCGGCCAGCUAGAGAGGACCUAGCACAAUCCCUCAUACAAAUGGUCUCUUAUAACAUAGGCUACAUAUCUUACCUGGUUGCCAAAAUCAACAAGUGCAGAACUAUCUUUUGUAGUGGGAAAUACGUCAACAAGCACGAGCCGACGAUGGCCAGCAUUAGCUAUGCAGUCGAAUGGUAUCAACAAUGGGGGCAACCACAAGAACAGAAUAGACAGACGGACCAUAUAAGGCCGCCUCCAGUUGAAGCAAGUGAAGAUGGUACAUGCAAUGCCACUACAAUGACCCUGCCUAUACCUUUACGUAGUCAUGAUAAAUCGCCAACACCAGCUCUACCACCAUCCUCUAUUGGGCUCGGUGAUCCAGUAGAAGUCCUCUUCCUCCAACAUGAGGGAUAUGUUGGAGCAAUCGGUGCUCUUAUUGUAGACUUGAGCAAGACUUCUCGCGUUUGAGGUCGACCCCAUGGACUAGGAAGCCGCCACUCCUCCCUGUGCUUUUGCCUCAGUGUUGUUGUGAUUUUUUGCCAAAGGCAAGGUUAGUGUCUCCUG